UUCAUAAAAAUUAUCAAGUAUAAUCAACGUUAGUCAGUUAUAAGCGAUGUUGUGAAGAUGUUUGUUAUUUUUUUAUUAUUCAUUUUUGGGUUGAUUUAUUUCUAUUUAAGAAAUAAUUUUUUGUAUUGGAAGAAACGAAAUGUUCCUUAUCCACAACCGCAUAUUAUUUUUGGUAAUUUAAACAAUUCGAUUUUGUUAAAAAAAUCUAUCGGCCAAGAACAUGCGGAUAUUUAUUAUCAAUUUCCAAAUCAUCCUUACGUUGGAUUUUACAAAAUAAGAAAACCGGGAAUUAUUUUAAGAGAUCCCGAAAUAAUCCAUAACAUCACCACAAAAGAUUUUAAUAAUUUUAUGGAUAAUCCUUGGAAAAUUGAUGAAAAUCUUGAUCCUUAUUUCAGUAAACAUCCUUUUUUCCAAAAAGGACAACGUUGGAAGAUACAAAGAUCUUAUUUAAACCCAAAUUUUACCCCGGUGAAGUUAAAAACAAUGUUUCCAUUAAUGCAGAAAGUUUCCAACGAUUUGAUUAAUUUUAUUAACAACACAAAAUCAAAUAAAAACUCGAUUGAAACUAAAGAAUUAACUUCUAAAUUUACCACCGAUAUCUUAGUUAGUUGCGUGAUGGGUUUGGAAGGAAACUCGUUUAGCGAUGAAGAAGCUAGCUUUAGGAAGAUAUCAAAAUUAUGGUCGACACCGUCCACGAUUCAUGGAAUCAAAGUUUUCAUAGAGAUGAUUUUUCCAUCUUUAACAUCAAUUCUUAGAUUGAAGUUCGUCCCAAAACAAGCUGAAGACUAUUUCAAUAACGUAAUUAGUGAAAUAUUAAAAUAUAGACAAGAAAAUAAAAUAACACGAAAAGAUUUUGUAAACAACAUGAUGGAAACAAUGGAAAAAGAUACAAAUUACACAAAAGAAGACCUUAUCGCACAUAUUUUCAUCCUUUUCUCCGAAGGAAUCGAAACAAGUUCUUUUUGUUUAAAUUUUGCACUUUUUGAGUUAUCGAAAAAUUUCGAAAUUCAAGAUAAAGCCAGAACAAUAAUUAAAGAAACCUUACAAAAACACAAAGAAUUAACUUUCGAUGUUAUUAACGAUUUACAUUAUUUAGAUUGGAUUAUCCAAGAAACGCUACGAUUGUAUCCACCGGCUAUGACUUUGUCGAAAGUUUGUACUGAAACAUAUUAUCUCCCACCAAUCAACGGAAACAGUGAACAAUUAAAAAUCGAUGUUGAAACUCCGAUUGAAAUUCCCAUUUACGCAAUUCAAAGGGAUAAGAAAUAUUUUGAGGACCCCGAAAAAUUUGACCCGGAAAGAUUUUCUGAAAUAAAUCAAGUUAAAAUCGUUAAAGGAUCUUAUCUUCCUUUUGGACAAGGUCCAAGGGUUUGUAUUGGUCAAAGAUUUGCAAUGACACAAAUUAAAGUUGCUUUGGUGGCUUUGUUGGACAAUUUCGAAGUUCGUUUGAAUCCGAAAACCAAAAAUCCGAUUGAAAUCGAUGAAAGAUAUUACAUGUUGACGAGUAAACAUGAUAUUUUAUUGGAUUAUUAUAAAAUUAAUGACUCUACCUAAUGUUUUACUUGUACUAAAUGAUAACAGUUGAAUAAUAAAGUUAUUACUACUAA